AUGUCUGACGCAGGACGCCAAUCUUUCACCGACAAAGCUGGCGCUGCCAUGAAGCCCGACUCGCAGAAGACCACAACCGAGUCCAUGGGUGACUCCAUGAAGGGCAUGGCCGACUCCGUCGCGUCUACCAUGCAACCCAACAGCGAGAAAUCAGGCGGUCAACGUAUGGGCGACGCCAUGAGCGGCAACUCUAACCACAAUGAUGAAUCGUUGAUGGGCAUGGCCAAGAACGCCAUGGGCAUGGGCAACAACAAGUAA